AUGAGGCACUAUUGGAGCGCAUGGCUCCUGGCCCUGUGCCUCGUCUCUGUUCAGCUCCUCGUUGCAGCACAGAACUUGUCACCGCCAGCCUUGACACCGCCCCUUGUCAAAGAAGUAGACGAUUUGGUGGAGCAUAUAUGGACCUCAUGCGGGCUAGACAGGGGAUCUCUUGAAGACGUUAGAAAACAUUUCAAUUACAACCACGUAUUUGACAUUCUCCGUACGCUCUCUGGAAAAGAUACUAAGGACAGCUCUCCUGAAACUGAAGAUGUCAGCAAAGCACUGUCUCCAGAAAUUAAAAACACUUUGCUGAACUGCUUAAGCAAGCAUCCACUUGUCGUUGCUGCUCAGGAGAGUGCAAAAAACUUGCCUAUUGAUUAUAUCAAAAUGCUUUUUGCCAUGUUAAGAAGAGAUGUGGCUCAAGGAUCUGCAGGUGCAGCGGCAACUCCUGCACCACCGGCAGCUGUGAAAUCAAAUCCAUCACAUUCUUUAGGGGAACCUUCCUCAACAAAACCUGACAAAAAUCCAGAUCCUCCGUCAGAAACAACACCCAAAGAAAAGAUGGUGCCCCAAACUGAAAAAAUAGUGGCCAAAAAGGAAGAUAACAGUGGCAUGCCAGCCAUUGCUGUCAUUGGUUUGGCUGUGUCUGCUAUAGCGUUGUUAGUUCUUCUCUGCUUAUGCUGCUGUGUUUUCCGUGCAAACCAGGCCUCUUCAUCUGAUGUAAGGGAUAAUAAACCGCCUCUGAUUCUGAACCUGAGUAAUUUGUCUGCUGCUUCUCUUAAGUUUUCCCAAGGAAACCCAAUUGAUAUCAACAAGCUGGGAGCACUGCCGCUGAAGUCAGAGGCUGGCCAAAAUGGCAAUGUCAAACUAAGCUCAUCUGAAAUCUCUAAAACUGAGGUUACCCCAGCAGUCUACAACAGUUUGGCUGAACCAAUGGCUGCUUCUACUGGUUCUGUCCCAGGAUCAAGACCAACAGCUCCACCAGCUAUGCCACCUCCAGCCCCUGCACCUCCGAAGGCUCCUCCCUCAUCAACUCCACAAGCCCCUGCACCUCAGAAGGCUCCUCCCUCGUCAACUCCUCAAGCACCUGCACCUCUGAAGGCUCCUCUCUCAUCAACUCCUCAAGCACCUGCACCACAUUCAAAACCUACUCCAGUUCUUCACCCAGAACCCUCAUCACCAUCUGCUCCAAAAGCUGCACCUCCACCAAAAGACGCACCACAGCCAAAAGCUGCACCUCCACCGCCACCAAAAUCUACCGGUCCACCACCACCAGCAAUGCCUGGUUCAUCGAAAACACGUCCACCGCCGCUUAUGAAGAAAUCAGGCAAUAAGGUGGAUGAUGGCGCAAAUUCUCAUGAAGCUAAAACAAAGCUAAAGCCCUUCUUUUGGGAUAAAGUAACAGCAAAUGCUAAUCAGUCUAUGGUGUGGGAUCACCUCAAGUCUGGAUCGUUCCAGUUUAAUGAGGGUAAGAUGGAAAGCCUUUUUGGUUAUAACUCUGUGGACAAAACAGGCGGUGAUGGCAAGAAAGAUUUAUUAUCUAAGGAUGUUCCUCAAUUUGUGAGGAUACUUGACCCUAAGAAGGCACAGAACCUUGCGAUAUCAUUAAGGGCUCUGAGUGUUUCACCAGAGGAAGUAUGUAGUGCAGUUAAGGAAGGAAAUGAACUUCCACCAGACUUGAUAGACACCCUACUAAAGUGGACCCCAAGCAAUGAUGAGGAGCUUAGGCUUCGACUGUACACUGGGGAACUGUCUCAGCUUGGUCCUGCAGAGCAAUUCCUAAAAGCAAUUAUUGAUAUUCCAUAUAUUUUCCAACGCCUGGAUGCAUUACUUUUCAUGUCGAAUCUACCAGAGGAAGCUUCAAAUGUGAAACAUUCUUUUGCUACUUUAGAGCUGCUUGAAGCGGUCCUUAAAACAGGAAACCGGAUGAAUGUCGGCACAUUCCGUGGAGGAGCUCAGGCUUUUAAACUUGACACGCUCCUUAAGCUAUCUGAUGUCAAAGGAACUGAUGGGAAGACAACACUUUUGCAUUUUGUAGUUCAAGAAAUCAUUCGUUCUGAAGGUAUCUGUGCUACAAGGGCUGCAAAAAAGCAGGAUUGCAGUGUAUCCAGUGUGGAUGCCAAUGAUACUGACGGUAAUAAUACGCAAACUGAAGAUGAUUACAAACAACUUGGGCUGAAAGUUGUAUCCAGUUUAGGUGAUGAGCUACAAAAUGUCAGGAAGGCAGCAAUCCUGGAUGCAGAUCAAUUGACAAUGUCAGUAGCAAGCCUUGGCCACAAGCUUGUGAAAACCAAAGAAUUCCUUAACACGAGCAUGAAAAGUCUGGAUGAAGACAGUGGGUUUCACCACAAGCUGAAGCAUUUCGCAGAGCAGUCUCAGACGGAUGUUGCUUUGUUGCUAGAGGAAGAGAAGAAAAUACGGUCCUUGGUCCGGGGCACUGUUGAUUAUUUCCAUGGGAGUACAGGGAAGGACGAGGGCCUGCGGUUAUUUGUGGUAGUUCGAGAUUUCCUUGCAAUGCUGGGCAAGGUUUGCAAAGAGGUGAAAGAAGCAUCAAAAGUGGCUCCAAAGAAAACAAAGACCCCUCAGCCAUCCCAAGCAUCUUUCAAUGAUCCCAGGCGCAACCUAUUCCCAGCAAUUCAAGACCAAAGGGCAGAUAGUUCAAGCUCAAGCUCUGAUGAAGACGAUUUGCUGUAUAUCAAAUCAAGGAACCCGUUGUCUUCCCCUUCAAAGUGCACUGAAUUGACCCUUCCAAACAAUAGUGCACUGAUACAAAAUAAAUGA